CUAGAGCUGCUGGCUGUCUGUUUCUGUUGUUGUAACGCGACACUCAGACCUCUCUCAUAAACAGACCGUUAAUGGCAAGAAAUGGAGCUGAUCGCCAGAUAGACACUGCAGCUUUGGAACUCCCCUAUUCUUACCUGUCUGUGACUGAGAACAACCAUGGAGCACAAUUGCAUGGAGUGACUACAUUCAUAGAAGGUCCACACUCAAACCUGUUGCCUGUGAAGAUGAGGGUGCAGGGUGAGAGGGAGAGGGGCCCCUGUGUCAGAGUGUUAGCAUGGCCAGUGAAGACCCCAGCCUCCCCAGCCCUGUGGUGCGGCAGAUUGACAAACAGUUCCUGAUCUGCAGCAUCUGCCUUGAUCGCUACGACAACCCCAAAGUCCUCCCGUGUCUGCAUACCUUCUGUGAGAGGUGCCUACAGAACUACAUACCUGCCCACAGCCUCACCGUCUCCUGCCCCGUGUGCCGGCAGACGUCCAUCCUGCCCGAGAGGGGCGUGUCCGCGCUGCAGAGCAACUUCUUCGUCACCGGCCUGAUGGACGUCCUGCAGAGGUCUCCGGACAGCAGCAGCGAGGCCUGCACCGUGGUGGAGGCCAUCAACGCCGUGGCGACCACCCCGCCGCUAUCCUGCUCCAACCACGAGGGGAAGGUGAAGGAGUUCUACUGCCCCCCGUGCGAGACGGCCGUGUGCGAGGACUGCGCCAGCGGGGAGCACGCCGAACACCCCACCGUCCCGCUCAAGGACGCGGCGGAGCAGCACAAGACCUCUCUGCAGGACCAGCUUAACGCUGUCAAGAAAAGGCUUCCGGAGAUUGACACGGCCAUGAGGGCUCUGUCAGACAUCCUGCAACAGCUCGGCGGGCAGCGGUCGUCCAUCGAGGAGGACAUCCACGCCACAUUCGAGGAGCUGCAGAAGACGCUGAACGUGCGCAAGAGUGUGUUGCUGAUGGAGCUGGAGGUCACCUAUGGGCUCAAACAGAAGGUGCUCCAGGCCCAGCUGGACUCUCUGCUGCAGGACCAGGAGAGCAUCAAGAGCAGCUGCAACUUCACGGAGCAGGCUUUGAGCCGGGACUCGGAAGCGGAGGUGCUGCUGGUCAAGAAGCAGAUGAGCGAGCGCCUGGGCGAGCUGGCCGGGCGGGAGUACCCCCUGCAGCCCGAGGAGAACGACCAGCUGGACUUCCUCGUGGAGACCGAGGGGCUGAAGAAGUCCAUCCACAACCUGGGCACCAUCGUCACCACCAACGCCGUGGCCUACGAGACGGUGGCCAGCGGCGAGGGCCUGCGCCAGUGCGUGGUGGGCCACCCCACCUCCGUCACCAUAACGACCAAGGGCAAGGACGGCGAGCUGUGCAAGACGGGCAACGCCGGCCUGACGGCGGAGAUCUGCACGCCCGACGGGAGCGUGGCGGACGGCGAGAUCCUGGACAACAAGAACGGCACCUACGAGUUCCUGUACACGGUGCAGAAGGAGGGCCACUUCACCCUCGCCCUGCGCCUCUACGACCAGCACAUCAAGGGCAGCCCCUUCAAGCUGAGGGUCGCCAAGUCCGUCGAAGCCCUGCCCACCGCCGACGGCGCCAAGAAGCGGGUCAAAUCCCCCGGCAGCGGGCGCAUCAAGCAGAAGGGCGUGAAGCGCACGGGUAGCAUGUUCAGCACCGCCAAGAGGAAAGAGAAUCCCGUGGAGGAUGACCUCAUCUUCAGAGUCGGUACAAAAGGAAGGAAUAAAGGCGAGUUCACCAAUGUGCAGGGUGUGGCAGCAUCUCCAAAUGACAAGAUUUUGAUAGCAGACAGCAACAACCAGUGUGUUCAGAUCUUCGCCAAUGAUGGACAGUUCCAGAGCCGGUUUGGGGUGAGGGGACGGUCCCCCGGGCAGCUCCAGCGGCCCACGGGUGUGGCUGUCCACCCCAAUGGUGACAUCAUCAUCGCCGACUACGACAACAAGUGGGUCAGCAUUUUCUCCAGCGAGGGAAAGUUCAAGACAAAGAUAGGCUCUGGUCGUCUGAUGGGGCCCAAGGGUGUGUCUGUGGAUCGCAACGGACAUGUCAUUGUGGUGGACAACAAAGCCUGCUCUGUCUUCAUCUUCCAGCCCACCGGCAAGCUCGUCACCAAGUUUGGUAACCGUGGAAACGGGGACAAACAGUUCGCAGGCCCUCACUUUGCAGCAGUGAACAGCAAUAAUGAAAUCAUUAUUACGGACUUCCACAAUCAUUCUGUCAAGGUUUUCAACACAGAUGGGGAGUUCCUGUUGAAGUUUGGGUCUAAUGGAGAAGGAAAUGGCCAGUUCAAUGCCCCUACAGGAGUGGCAGUAGACGUAAAUGGCAAUAUCAUUGUGGCAGAUUGGGGAAACAGCCGAAUACAGGUAUUCGAUGGCAGUGGUUCCUUCUUGUCCUACAUUAACACAUCAGUGGACCCUUUGUACGGACCCCAGGGCCUGGCACUGACCUCGGACGGCCAUGUUGUGGUGGCGGACUCUGGGAACCACUGCUUCAAAGUGUACCGCUACCUACAGUGACCAGGGCUUCCCACCUGACCUCACACUUUCACAUCCUUGCACAUGAGAAGAUGGCCAUCUUCACCUGAGGCUCUUCAUCUGGGACAGACUAUGCAGACUUUUCAGCUACUUAUGAUUCCGCUUUCAGUCCAGAAUCUCAGCUGCAGAGCUGUUGUAGCAUAGCUUGUGCUACCAAGCUAGUUCAUUCGAAAUGACCACAGCAAUGAUGAUUGAUUUAGUUACAUAACUGGUUAGUGGUUAUAAGCUGUACUGAGAAUGGAAGCUUGUUUACUAGUGCAACAAUAUUGAUUUUAACAACAACUUUAAUUACUGAAACUAUAACUAGCAGUUACUCUGGAAUGUCUGCUUGCAAUCAUACUACAAAUAAUAUCAUAUUAAACUACACCAAAUAUUUGUCAGAAAAUUUGCUGAGAACUAUGUUAGUUCAUCUUCAGAUUUUUGCUUAUCCUUGCAAGACGUAAAGCCUUGUGUUUACAAACUUGAAAAGUCUGCACAGCCUUUCCAUUUUCAUCUUUGUGGCCUUGUUGUAACCUUUAAACUUUACUCCCAAAAACCCAACAGCCCUCUCCCCACCUUAUCUCUUCUUCAGUAUUUUUGCACUCACAUUCUAGCAAGAAGUCAAGCCAAGAAAUUAACCUGGCCCUGAAAGAUGAAUAGUAGCCACCAUAAUUUAAUGUUAUCGUUUGAUCCCUUUAGUGUGGUGAUGACCCUGGUGACCAUGGUAGUCAGCUCUCCUCAAUGCCUGUGUGCUCAUGUCAUGAAAUGUUUGCUAAUUGCUCUUAUUAGGAAAAAAAAAGUUAAUGCCUGAUAUAUUUACAUUUAUUUAAUUGCACCAUUCUCUCUGUUUUCACUAUUUAUUGCCCUUGACAGUUGAAAAUAUAAUAUUUUGUGUAAAGCUGAAUAUCUCUCUCUAUAUAUAUAUUAACACAGUAAUUUAAUAGUUUGCUAUUUUGUUCAUGGUUAACAACCCUGACUUGAAAAAUAAAAUGGUAUGGCAGCUUUGAAGUUCGGCUAAAUUUAAAGCAAUCUAUUUUGUUCAUAAGAAAACAACUAUAUAUUUGUGAAAUUACCUUUAAUAACCAAUAAUAUUUGAAGGAAAAUUCUGUGUGUGCACUGCACUUGUAAUCACGUUCUAUUUUCUUGUGGUUCGACACUUAACUAACAAACUGUUAAAAGAGACUUGCAAUCUUCUCUAAAAUGUUAAUCUUCAUGGUAAGGACUGAAGAGUAUAAGUCUUGUAUAUAUUGUGUACUAUUUUUUGAUGGCACCAAUACAAUACUUAUCACAUGACUCAAUAUAGCAGGGUACUUUCAAUGCAUGGUUUUAGAGUUAUACAGUUGUAGCAGCUAGAAAAUAUUGACAUGCUUGCUUUGAGAAAAAAAAAACAUCUUUAUUCUGUAGUGGAAAACAUUUGGAGGAUGUAAAUGUGUAGUUUCCUCCAUUGCAGGCCAUUUAUAUGUUUAAUCGCAACUAGGUUGUACAAACUGUCUGCCCAUCAUGAAACGUCUUUGACCAUGUUGAAUGCACUCUUCUCAGUUACCGCUUGACUAUUAACCCAAACUUCAACACCACACUCUGACGUAUCUGACGUUUAUAACAAAAAAAAAGGUAGCACUUUACUUUUAAACUCCAGUACCAAAUUCAUUCCAUAUAACUGCUCGUUAAUUUGCGCUAUAAUUUCUGCUAUAGCAGAGUGAGCCACAGACUCUUGGGGAAGUGUUGGACUCGUCAACUUGUCAUACAGUGUUAUCAAAAUUUUGCAACAGUGCCCCUCCAUCCUGAGCUUUAAAGUAGAGUGCAACCGAAAAUGGUACCUGUUACUCCACAGCCAUCACAGUUAUUCUGUUUUUGGUGAAUGAGAUGGUUUGUUUCUUAAAGAAAUGUUGGAUGUUGUACAGUGUACAUUAUAUGGCAUUACAGAUUGUAGUAACUAUUUUUUUUAGACCUGAAAUAAACAAUUUAUUUUGCCACGUGGUUAAUAAUGGAUAUUAGGUAUUUGUGGCACUUAGCCCAUCAUAGAAGCAGCAGUGUAAUAUCUGCUUGAAAAAUUAUUUGAAAUGUAUUUAAAAAGGAACGUAUUUAACAAAAUUGUUUUUAUCCUUUACUCUGGUUUAUACAUUAAAAUAGCGCCUCCCGUUCCUUUCAAAGAUUUCAGAGCACUUUAAAGUGAGGGUGGAAACUUACCUCAACUGUUAAGUCCUGAUGUGCUAGUCAACCUGUUACUUCCUAAAAUUAUGAGAACUUCUGGAAAUGUGCAUCAUUUAUGCAGUGAACUCAUUCUUUAUUCACCAAAAAGGUAACAAAUGAGAUUAGAAAUUCCACAUAGAUGAAAAUCAGAAUAGACAGUAUACUGUUAGUCAUGCUAGUGCACACCAUUGACUUGGAUGUAGAUCUCUGGUCAAGGAUUCUGAAUAAGGGAAUUUUUCAUUUAAAAAAAAAGUUAAUAUUUAAUAUUUACUUCUCACGAUAAAUUAUUCAAAUUAGGUACAAUACAUUAGUAUAUUCUAUGAGAGUAAUUGUUCAUUCUGUUUUAUUUUCUUAUAUCCUUAACUUAUUGUUUUCAUCUUUUAUGUUUGUGUGAUGCCAAUUUUAAGGCUAAGUGACCAUGGUAUGUUUGUAUGAUUUUCACAAAGUGGUGUUACAUAUUUAUUUAAAAAAAGAAAUUAUAAACUACUUGUGGGUACGUUUUGUAUUGAGAUAUGUCCUUGGUUAAUUUGACUGUGUUGUAUUUUUUUAAUGUCUGUACAGAAUGGAUUUGUUUGAUACAGAGUAUUUGAUAGAUUGUGAUUGUUCUGAAAGUCCAACACAAAGUAAUGUCAAAAUGCAGCCUUAAAUGAUCAUAUCUCAUAAAUUUAAACAUGGGAAUGUUUUCUUACCAAUGUGAAUCUGCCAACUACAUGAAGUGCAUUUCUUUUUUA